AUGAGGUGGCAACAUUUAACAAUCUGGGUGUCUAUCACGUGCCCGCUUAGUGUGACCAACUCGCUUAGCCCUAGUCCCACAACCACAAUUUGGUCCCAUCGGACAAUCUUCAAUUCUCAACGCCGACAACCCAGCAUACACAACAAAGCCGCCACCAUGUCGUCCAAGGUCAAGGCUGGUCAGCUCUGGGGAAAGAACAAGGAGGAGCUCGCCAAGCAGCUCGAGGAGUUGAAGACCGAGCUUAACCAGCUCCGUGUCCAGAAGAUCGCCAACGGCGCUUCCACCAAGACCCAGAGAAUCUCCGAGGUCCGCAAGUCGAUCGCUCGUGUUCUCACCGUCAUCAACGCCAACCAGCGCGCUCAGCUGCGUCUCUUCUACAAGGGCAAGAAGUACAUUCCUCUUGACCUCCGCCCCAAGCUCACCCGCGAGCUCCGCCGCCGGCUCACCAAGCACGAGGCUACUCGCAUCACUGAGCGCCAGCGCAAGCGCCAGAUCCACUUCCCCCAGCGGAAGUACGCCGUUAAGGUACGAAGACCACGAGACUGUGUGGUGUGCCUCUGA